CGGCAGCGGCCGCGUCUGGACGUUUGCCCCUCGCUCCCGAAAAUUAAAAAAAAAAUCUGACCGCGUCCAUAGCACCGCGAUACCGUCCGGUUUAUAGUUGUUUAGACGGGAAUAUUUAGAUACGUUUUUUAUUGAAGUGCUUGUGAUACUAAUACUCGUGUUGUGAUGGGUGUGUAGUGGAAUGGAUAUUUGUUGAAGCGGUUGAUAAUGUCGAAGACUCUCAACGCGUAUAGAAUAAAGAAGAUCGAAUCGCUCGGCAGGAUGACGGCGAUGUCGCAGGAGGAGAUGGUCGCCGGCGCGCGCACCGUCGCCGCGGGGCUCGAGGCCCUCAGGGCUGAACACGCUCAGCUAUUGGCUGGGCUGGCGGCGAACACAGAGCAUGAACAUGAGAAGGCUGCACUGGUCAGGAAGAGCAUCGAUGCCAUCGAACUCGGACUUGGAGAGGCACAGGUGAUGAUGGCCCUAGCCUCCCACCUCCAAUCAGUCGAGGCCGAGAAACAGAAGCUCCGCACCCAGGUCCGCCGUCUGUGCCAGGAGAACGCCUGGCUCCGAGAUGAGCUGGCCGCCGCCCAGCAAAGACUGCAGGCUUCAGAGCAAAGGGUUGCACAACUGGAGGAAGAGAACAAGCAUUUGGACUUCAUGGCAUCCAUACGCAAAUACGACAGCGACGUAACAGAAGAAUCGGAGACCAGUCGCAGCGGACAGUCAGAAAGCAAGCGUGAUGAUCCCAUGGUCGAUCUCUUUCCGGAUGAUGAUCAUGAUGAUAAUCGUAACAACAAGUCGAUGUCCCCGACGCCGCCGUCGCAGUUCGCGCAGCAGGUGACGGCGGGCUACGAGAUCCCGGCGCGGCUGCGCACGCUGCACAACCUCGUCAUCCAGUACGCCUCGCAGGGCCGCUACGAGGUGGCCGUGCCGCUGUGCAAGCAGGCGCUCGAGGACCUGGAGAAGACCUCCGGACACGACCACCCCGACGUGGCCACCAUGCUGAACAUACUGGCGCUGGUCUACAGGGACCAGAACAAGUACAAGGAGGCUGCGAACUUGCUGAACGACGCUCUCUCCAUCCGCGAGAAGACGCUCGGCGAGAACCAUCCCGCCGUCGCCGCCACACUCAACAACCUGGCUGUCCUCUAUGGCAAACGAGGAAAGUACCGCGAAGCGGAGCCGCUUUGCAAACGUGCGCUCUGCAUCCGCGAGGCCGUGCUCGGCCGCGACCACCCCGACGUGGCCAAGCAGCUCAACAACCUCGCGCUGCUCUGCCAGAACCAGAACAAAUAUGAAGAAGUGGAGCAGUAUUACCAGCGCGCCCUGGAGAUAUACGAGAGCAAGCUCGGGCCCGACGACCCCAACGUCGCCAAGACCAAGAACAACCUCGCCUCCUGCUACCUCAAACAGGGCAAGUACAAAGAGGCAGAGACGUUAUACAAGCAGGUGCUGACGCGGGCGCACGAACGGGAAUUCGGAACUAUCGACGGCGACAACAAGCCCAUCUGGCAGGUGGCCGAGGAGCGUGAGGAGAACAAACAUCUGCAGAAGGAGAAUGCGCCGUACGGAGAAUAUGGCGGCUGGCAUAAAGCUGCCAAGGUAUUCCACAAUGUGGACUCGCCGACGGUGACCACGACGCUGAAGAACCUGGGCGCGCUGUACCGGCGCCAGGGCAAGUACGAGGCGGCCGAGACGCUCGAGGACUGCGCGCUGCGCAGCAGGAAGGAGGCGCUGGACAUCGUGAAGCAGUCGCGGCGCGCGCGCGCCGGGCGCGACGAGCCGCCGCCGCCGCCCGCCCAGCACGACGAGGGUGGGAACACAGCGAGCGAGCCCCGCAUGAACCUUAAGUCGAAGCUGUUCAAUGCGCUAGGCAUCAACACGCCGCAGCAGUAGUUAGUUAGUUAGUUAGUUAAGUUAGUUUAAGUCACGCUUGGACGCGGGUGACGCUUGGCGAGGUGUAAGUUACGUUACCCGACUGCGUAAAGCGAAGGAGGGUAAUGUGUUUGUGAAUUUGUUAGGACGAUCCGGCAGAAAAUAAUUUUAACAAAAAUAUGCAGUGAUCGGGUUUGAAAUGUAACGGCGACCUCAGAACAAUUCAGAAAUUUUUGAACUGUUUCUUUUGCUUGUAUCUGUCGAGUCGAUCUAAUAUCUAAUGCAAUGGUUUUGGUAAGAGCUGACUUUUGGUAGCUAUUAUGUAUGGUUUUUUGAUAUUCAUUAAUUCAACAUACUACGUCUAAUGAAGAAUUGCGCCGAAAGUCAGUAAUAUGGCAGUGACAAAUUGUGUUUUAUACAUAUUUCUAUUAUUUACGAAAUCAAUGUUGCAAAACUUACAGUGAUACCUAUUGAAGUACCACUGUAAAUAUUACACACGAUACAAUUAUCGUAGACUUAAACGUGUUAACAAUUAGGCCAAUUCAAGUGUCACUUACACCUGGGUCAAAACUCUUUUCAUUGUCUUGUUUCUGGUCACUCUGUCACGCGUCUAUUUUUGUCUUUUAUCAAAUAAUUACACGCAACAACUAAAAGGAAAAGCCAAUGUCGUGUCUUCAGGGACCUAAAGA